AUGGAAGUUCCACAGUCACCAUAUGUGGGGACCUACCCCCCUCCCGAGCCGCCUGUCUGGACUGGAGACAAGAACAUGAAGUCCCACUUUUCCCCGUCCACUUUUGCUCCUUCAAUGCCCCUGCCCGGGACGCGUCUGUCUGCGUCUUCUCGCCCCGACUGUUGCGGACAAGAGCCUUUUUCUUCGACUGCCCGUCCGUCGCCGGACCCUCCUCCGUCGCCUAACCCUGUCGGGGGUCUUCCUCCCCCUGGGGUCCAUCAGCGCCGUCGCUCGCCGUCCUGCUCCGCGCCGUCUAUGUGCCACAGCGCCUGUUCACCUCCUGUAUCCGCGUCUGCUGCGUCUCCCUGCAACUCGCUUUCGGGUGUAUCGGCUUCUCACGCACAAGACUGUUGCCUGCCUCCCAGUGUCACUUGGAUUCAGCGCCUCCCCACUGCGGCUCCUCCACCCUUUCAGAACUUCGGUUCACCGGGGUUCGGCUCAUCCGGCUUCGGUUCUCCUGGACCCCCGCGAGAGCCCCCGUGGUGGUUCGGCGGAGACGAUGGAUACGAUGGAGGUGGAGGGGACGAGGCUCUGCGGACUCUGCAGCUUGGCCUCCAAGCUGAGACGUCGAGCGUUCUAUGGCGGUAUCACCUGGUGCAUGCAAUGUGUCGGGGUCUCGAAAAUUCAAAGGGAGACGUGUACGGUUCUCCACAGAUACUUUCGAAUCCUGCUGCGGGGCCUGGAGGCGGGCGUUGGGGUGAAGAGAGACUGAACGGUUCCGCCUUUCUGUCUUCUCGACUUGACUCUCCUCCGCACUCUCGCCAGUCGCGACAACGCGAGACUUGCAUAGGGAGGCUCCAGUCAAAGCCACCCCACAAAGGCUCUUUCUCUGCUUUCCCUGUCUCCGCGUCCUCCCCCAAGGCCUCUCCAGGCGGGCACAGGGACGGAACCGAGUUCUAUUCGCAGACUACAUUCGACGCCUCACAGUCAUCUGUGCAAGCGCUCCGCCGAGGUGAGGACCAUCAUCGUCGCAUCGCUGAAACGAGGCCUUCAUUGCAUGUGAGUGCCACUGCUCGUGCGCCUUCGGUGUCUUUAUCAUAUUCCCCGAUUCCUGAAACAUGUGAUCGUGCUGCCACACGAAGACCUCUGCCGCCGGGUCCCUACGCGGAAGCUGUCGGCCUCACGGCUCAGCGUUUUGGGCGAGAAAACGGGGGCGCCGGGGUCGCUUCUCUCACCCAAGUCGGUGCCUCAAUUGCCACGGUCCCGGCUCUGUCAGAGAUCCCUUCUGCCUCCAGCUUCUCCGCGUGUGCCUCCUGUACUGGGCCGCCGUGCCGAGGGGAAGUGAGAGCAGGGUCUGCGGGCGGUAGAGGCGAGGACUCAGUUUCGUGGGAAGAAUCUUCUUCGUUGAAAAAGGCCGAGAGGGUCGCGGAGGCGGAGGGGAGUCUUUCCUUCUUUACGACUCGGGCGCCGACGACGCCAGUAGCCGGAAAAUAUUCCAUGCCUACGAGCCGGGGAAGCAAUGCAUCACUGGACGCAGGCAGAGAGAAGGGGCGGCAGCGGGACGGAGACGAUAAUAGAGGAAGAGAGAAGGAGAAGGCGAGAGAAGAAAAGGGUGAAGUGAACCCCCGGCUUGAGUUGCAGUGGCUAGACGGAGACAAUGUCCGAUGGUUCAAUGAAGAGCUCGCCCGGAAGCUGCGCCAGUACCGAGAGAAGCAGCUGCAUGCAGCCGCGAACAAAAUUCAGGAUGCUUGGAGAAAUUCGGCGAGGAGACAGCGCGAGAGAGAAAACGAACUCGCUGUCAUUGCCGACAAACUGCGGAAACUGAAAGGAGAGGCAGACGGAAGAGCGUCCGGAAAGGGACAGGAGACUUGCAGCGGCCACAGAGACAGGAGGAAAAGCCACAACGAACGUGAGAGUGAGACGUCUAGCGAGAGAGAGAGAGGGAGGGAGAAGCUGGUACGCAGAGAGAGAGAGAUAGAGAAGUUGAGCAGGAGCGAAAGUGAGAGAGGUAUGCGGAGUAGGAGGAAGCGAGAGGGAGAGAAGUUACGAAGACACACAGAGAGAGAGGCAUCGACAGAGUGGGGGGAAGAGAGAGAGAAUUCGAAAAAGAGAGAAAAGGAGAGAAAGAAGCAGCUGAGGAGCGAAAGUGAGAUGGAUGCGUUGAGCAGAAGGGAAAGAGAGGGAGGGCAAUUGAGAAGGAGAGGAAGAGAGAGAAAGGAGGUAGGGGAAAGAAGAGAAGAGAAAGACCUGGAAACAGAGGAACGGUCGCGAAAGACCAGGCGAGAAAGAGGUCGAGAAGGAGAGGAACGUCGGCGGAUACUAUCGCCCGAGCGUGCAGCUCGAACUAUCGAGGCUGCGUUUCGGGGGUUUCGCGUUCGGCGAACGGUGGCGCAUGUUACGGAAGAAGGGAGACGAAGAAUGCCGCAACAGAGAGGAGGCGACGCAGAAGGAAACCUGGAGGCCUUUUCGUUUUCUCAACUAAAGCAUCUCGACGAACUGACGCAGACGCUUCUUCCUCUCGAACUGAAAGUCCUCGCAGAAGCCUCGUUCAGACAACCGUCAGGAAUGGACGGACGGAACGGCGGACGCCGGGGAGACAAAGAAGAGAGAGAAGGCCCUUCGCGAAGAAGGCUUGCGAGAGGGGCGGCAAGAGACAGGAGAAGAGAACUUCGUGCCCAGGCAAUCCUCGCCGCAGAAGUAUCCACUUUGACUGCACGAGCGCUGGAGCUGAGGACGCAGGCAGAACAACACAGAGGCUUCCGUCUACCUUCUCCAGCCGCGUCUGAGCGCCAGGAGCGAGAAGGACGAAGACCAACGAGCACGGCCUAUGCGCGUGCGAAUUUUGGAAAAGGAGAAGAAACAAAAAGAGAAAGAGGGAAAGAUAGCUCCUCUGUUCCUUUCUCCGGGUCUUCUUCGUCUCCUAUCUCGUCCCCGUUCUCGCGGCCCCCUUCGCUCUGCAGCGACGGCGGGGAGCCGAGGGGAGCAAGGAGAAGAGAGAGUCGAGAGAAGCACAACAUGAGAGACAGACAGGGAGGAAAGCGACGAAGACAUGCGACUGGAACACCUGAGGGUCACAGGAGGAGAGGAGAUGAAGAAAGCGACGAGAGUGAGGAGAAGAAAGAGAAGAAGAAAGAUAAGAAGAAAGAUGAGAGAGAUAAGAAGAGAGACAAGAAGGAGGAACAUACGAAGGAACAGGUGCGUCGAGGGUUGGUUGAUCUUGUGGUCGAAGCCAGAGCGCAGAUGCGGGAGGAGAAAAAACGUUCAGGACGGGUGGAGGACGAGGAAGAGAGCGAAGACAUAAAGAAGAAUUUCAGACGGAGAGGAAUGCGAGACUCCAGUGACUCAUACGAAGGAAAGAAACGACGAUGUCAUUCUCGCAGUCGCAGACGCUCUGCGUGUAGAAGACAAGUGUAUGGAAAGAGUGAAGAAACGGAGGAGGUACAAAGGCGGGGGAGGCACUUGAGGAGGCGAGAAGAUCAGGAAGAAGAGUCCCGGGCACCUUGGGGACAGGGGCGAGUUACAGGGUACCCGCAAGCCUGGAUGGAUCGUUCUAUUUCAGAGGGGGCAAUUGCUGGAGGCGGCGUCUACUUUCCACCUACGGUGUGGAGGCCAUCAAGCAGUCAUGAGCCUCCCGCCUUCGCGUUCCAUCCUCUAAUCACCCUCCCUUCGUACUUGCCUCGGUCCCCCUAUGCUGAACCGAUCCCUAUAUGCGCCAACCGACAGACCCACAAUGUGACUCUGUCUCUGUCUUCUGCAUCUCCGUCUUUUUCGUCGACUUCUUCUCCCCGUUCUCUCGUGUCCUUCGUCUCUUCCAAGUCCACGUUCACGAGGGAAGAAAGAAGAACGAAGGAAGUAGAUAUCGAGGAUCUGGACGAGGCGUCGGAGGGUUCGGAGCCCCUGGGCGGACCUCCCGCGGCAGCCACGAUUCGAGCAGCGGCUGCUGCUGUGCGCCACCUCGGGCCAUUCUCUGGAUCUAUUGCCGUCGAGGCUCCUGAGUCUCCAGAAGAGAGACGCUGGUCCUCUUUCUCGCCUGCGGCUAGGAACGUCUCCCUUCAAACGCGGCCUGAAAAACUCCAGGGCGAGGAGCACACGAAGGCGUGCCUGGAGGCCGAGACGACACAGGGGACAGCUGAUGAAUCGGUGCUGGGCGCGGCCGAGAGAGCAAGGCAAGAGAAAGUCAUGCUGGAGAAAGAGCGCGAAGAGGCCGAAACGAGGGUGAAGCAGCUGAAGAAACAUCUAGGCGAAGAACUCGCAAGACAAGAAGAAAGCCGACGACGGAGUCUCCUCCGCAUGUCUGCGUCUCCGUGGCGGCUCUCCCGAAAAAGCUCUCUUGCCUCACUCUCGCCUAGUCGGUGUGUGUCCCUCGACGUCGCAGAAAAACGACACCCAGACACGGCAGACCAAAAGGAACUUGUGGAGAGAAGGGUGCUCGGAGAGGCGGACCGUUUCACAGACACGGAUCGAAAGACGGGAGGAGCCGCGGGGACGCAGGAGGUAUCGAUGGGGCUGCCUUCCUCGAGUCUGGAAUGCGAAGCACAGGAAAAAGAAGAGGAGUGUCGAAGAAGAGAGGCAGCAAGACUGCUGGCGGAAGAGAGAGUCAAGGCUGCGACAGGGCAGGCUCAGUUGACGCUGGGGGAGAGAGAAGAAGAACGACGAACAAAGAGCCUCGAGGACCGGAGAAGAAGAACGCUCUUGUCGGCUUCGGUUUCGCCUCGGGCCGAUGCUGGUCUCGUCCAGAUUCGGAUCACCAAAGCACCUUCCCGGGUCAAUGGAGUCUCUGCCCACCCUUGUGGCCGCCCCCCUCACCCGCAUUCGCCUACCUCGGCUUCUUUCAUCCCACCCUCUGCGUGCCCGCUGGCGUCUACCUCGCAGUCGUCUGUGCGUCCUCGUCUUUUCUCCGGCUCUCCAGCAGCUUCUGUCCGUGACAAGGACGAGGCUCACACGCGGGGAAUAACCGAAGACACCUCCCUGAUGAAACUCGGCGAGAAGGCAGACAGAAAGAAAGAAGGAUACGAAGCGUCGGCAGUGCCUGCUCCAACGCAAGCGCCUCCUUCGUCUCUGGGACCAAACGAGAAGAAGGGAGAAGAAGAAGAACAGAAUCUUCAGACACGUCCUGAGAUAGGCUCGAGCCCCCCUAUGCUCUCUGCAAACGUUUCACAUGUUGAAUCCGAGGGUCCUGAAAAUGGAGCAAUUUCGGUGACCGGAAAAAGCAGGCAACAGCCUGUGCAUGCAGCAAAUCUCAGGCUGCCUGUGCUCCCGCCUUCCGUCAUGCGACCUCGUCGAACCAGCGGGUCUGGAACGCCCGAAAGCCGGUCGGUGUCGCCUCCUCAGGCGGCAGUUCGCGGGGUCCCUCAGGGUCAAGAUGCGUCGAAAAAAGAGAGAAACGAAGGAGACCGAGACCAGCAUCAAGGGGGGAAGCCACUGGAAGGAGGAAGGACAACAGAAGGACAACACAGUGCGUCAGACAAGGAGAUCUUCUUCACUCCUUCUCCGAGUCCAGAAGGAGUCUUGUCACCGUCCUCCCCAUCCCUUCUGACUCCUUUUCCUACGCGUGAGCACGCAGGAAAGCCGCCCUUGCCCAUUGCUCUCUCCUCGACAUCUUCGUCCUCGAUCUUCGCCUCCUCUGUCCCCUGGUCGGCUGCGGGGCAGGCCGGCGAUCAAGGUCGAGGAGCUGCGGGAGCAGGCGAGGGAGAGACUGAAGAUCGAGGGCCGAACGAAGAAUUAGAAGGGAAGAAAUACACAAAGACAGAAGAAGAGCCGAACGGGGACAAGCAAGGACCGUCUGAGGGGGGACGCACGUCGUCUCAGACGGAAACCUCUCGGGUGACACGGCCUCUUCCUUUCCUCUCCGUUCAAGAUGAAGGCGGCAGAGAGGAACGAGGCCGUUUGCUGUCUACAUCGAAAGAAAGACGGAGCCACUCGCGGCCCGCUUCGUCGCCUUUGUCCCCUCUCGCUUCGCCGCGGCCUCUGUCGUCUCAGGCAGUCAAAGGCCUUCGUGCAAAGCCCAGGGGCGCUCCCAGUUCAGCGCACUCACAAGAAGAAGGCGUGGAAAACAUGGCGCAUGCUGACAGUGUCUCUUCACUAGACGGAAGUGGAGAAGGCAACGAGAAGCGGGCCUCAGAGAAGAGAAGAAAGAAUGAGCAAGCAGACACUUUCGAGGGGUCUACAACUCCGGUGAGAGAGGAGAAGGUUCUGGAAAAAAGUGAGAGCAGGGAAGUUAGAAUAGAGGAAGCCAAGGCCGACAAAGCCAGCGAAAGCGGCAAACCAGAGAACACGGGGGCUUCUUCAGGUGCUUCAAAUGCCACGGUUUCCUCCCCGCUCGCGUCGCCGUGGACUCAGUCGCCAUCCCCUGUUGCUUCGCCCUCUCACCAUGCAUGCACCGGGGGAACCCCGCCAGUGGACUCAGCUUCUCAGGCCUCCCCGUCCAUCUUUGGGACUUUCUCUCUUCGGAGGGAAGCGGUGUCAGAAACCGGCGCAAAACCGACAAGAAUAAAAAGGAGUCAGGCGACGCCGCGAUCGCCGCUCGUAUCUCCUCGCCCCCUCUCCUCUUUGCGCGAAGUCCGAGCGAAGACGCCUGCGGCCCUCACACCCUCGACAGACGGGACGAUGCAGCGAGAAGCGCCAAAGCAAAGCGACGAGCUAGUAGAACAACGAGGCAAGCCUAUGGGCGCAGAGGGUUGGCAGCCGACGCAGGACGAUGAAGGAAACAAAGAAACGGAGGAAAGACUGAAGCAGCAGGAAGAAGAGAGGACGACAACGAAGGCAGAAGAAGAGCGGAAGAUGCAGGAAGAAGAAGAGAGGAAGAAAAAGAAGGAAGAGGAAGAGAGGAAGAAAAAGAAGGAAGAAGAAGAGCGGAAGAAAAAGAAGGAAGAGGAAGAGAGGAAGAAAAAGAAGGAAGAGGAAGAGAGGAAGAAAAAGAAGGAAGAAGAAGAGCGGAAGAAGCAGGAAGAGGAAGAGAGGAAGAAAAAGAAGGAAGAGGAAGAGAGGAAGAAAAAGAAGGAAGAGGAAGAGAGGAAGAAAAAGAGGGAAGAAGAAGAGCGGAAGAAGCAGGAAGAGGAAGAGAGGAAGAAAAAGAAGGAAGAGGAAGAGAGGAAGAAAAAGAAGGAAGAGGAAGAGAGGAAGAAAAAGAAGGAAGAAGAAGAGCGGAAGAAAAAGAAGGAAGAGGAAGAGAGGAAGAAAAAGAAGGAAGAAGAAGAGCGGAAGAAGCAGGAAGAGGAAGAGCGGAAGAAGCAGGAAGAGGAAGAGAGGAAGAAAAAGAAGGAAGAGGAAGAGAGGAAGAAAAAGAAGGAAGAAGAAGAGAGGCAGAAAAGGAAGCAAGAAGAGAGGCAGAAAAAGAAGGAAGAAGAAGAGCGGAAGAAGAAGGAAGAAGAAGAGCGGAAGAAAAAGAAGGAAGAAGAAGAGCGGAAGAAAAAGAAGGAAGAAGAAGAGAGGACGAAGAAGGAAGAAGAAGAGAGGACGAAGAAGGAAGAAGAAGAGAGGAAGAAGCAGGAAGAAGAAGAGCGGAAGAAGAAGGAAGAAGAAGAGCGGAAGAAGAAGGAAGAAGAAGCGCGAAAGAAGCAGGAAGGAGGAAAGAGACAAACGGACGAGGAACACGGAGAGAAAAAAGCAGAAAGCAGCAUCGGGUUCGACUCGGGAUCUCGAGGAGAAAAGAGUCGCGCCGCGACUAAUAGGAUAGGGAGUGAAGAGAGUCCAAAGGAGGCAAGGAAGGAAGAGAGCAGUCGAAGCAUAGUUCACAAAGAUCGGGAUGGGGCGAUAAAGAAAGGCGAACAGAUAUCGAAGGAAGGCGAACUGAUUGAUCUUAAGGAACAUCUUCAAACACACGAAGAACAUGGGCCUCGAAAAGAAGAUUUAGACCAUCGGGCAGUGCGCAGAAAACUGCGCGAUCACCAGCAGGCACAAGAGCAGCAGGCUCUCCUUCAGCAACAGGCGAGGAGUGAGAGCCUUUUGCGACGUCUCCGGGCUGCUGUGAAAAUUCAGAGAGCCUGGCGUAGGCAUCGAAAGCGAGUCUUCCGCAAGAAGACACAGGAGAAGAAGGCGCUGAGCGCAGAUGCCUUGAGAAAACAAGAAGAAAAGAGACUGGAAGAUGAGCGGAGGGAGAGAGAAAGGAGACACCAGGACCUUCGUCAGCGUAUGGCGUUGCUGGCUGAGGCGCGGCGGAGAGAAGAAGAGGGUGAGGCCGGAGAGAGGAGACUGAGUGACGAAGAGGGCGAAGACGUUUUUUCGGCUGGACGGAAGCCUGAGAUACUUGAGGAAGAAGCAAGAAGGUCAGGAAUUCGAAUCUUUGAGCCUAUUGUGCAGGAAGGCGGAGGCGUAUCGCAGCGGACAGUGACGCUCUACGACCGCUCCACAGGAACGAAUGAAAUUGCAAAACGCAGGCAGGCGAGAGCAGCAGAGCCACGCCCACAGCUGCGAGCAGACCCUCAGGCGUCUAGGAGAGUUGACAAAGAGUGUGUAAGUAUUCAAAGCGACGGACGGUCACGGGACGACGAUGCAAGGUCCGUUCAUGCCAUUUCUAGGAAGGCUUCGAGGAGAGAGAAGAGAGGGUCGGUGACAAGCGAAGAAGGAGAGCAGGGGGGCGGGUCGAGACUGCAAGAAAUCAGCGACAGCCCGAGAGAAGAAGGCGCUUCGUCGGCAGGAGAAUCCACUGACGAACUACCCCGCAUUGUCCUUCACAUGCCGAGCCGCCGGUUAAGCUCCUCUUCCGAGAAUAUCUCGAGUGGGGACGAAGCGGCGAGCCAGGACGUGAGCGACGACGAAGGCAGAGAGGGAUUAAGAAGAUCUGCGGCUCAGCCGCGCCCGGAGCAAGAGGAUGAUAUCCGGCGGCGCAUACGCCGAAUGCUGCGUGAGGCCCUGGAUGAGAAAAUGCGGAAGAGUGCUGACUCGGGCGUCCUGAUCGGAGAUGGCAUUGGUGUCGUGAGCCACAUGAAGCGACACUCUGAUGCCUUUGGGGGGUCGCCGCAUCUGUAUGCAGUUCCCCGGGACAUCGUAAGUGAGGCCUGCAGGGACAUACACCCCGAGCCCGCCGGGAGGCUUCGUAUUGGUUCUGAGCGUCGUUUUCUGGAGGACGGAGACGCCCGGGAAAGAGGAGAUAGAGACAAGGGACGUGACAGUCCUAAGGCGCCGACCACCGCCUCACCGCGCUCCCCCAGAAUCCCCAGUGCGGACAGUUUGGCCAGACAUACCUAUUUUUUUCAACAGCGCCGACCGUCAGUUGAAGGCCCUGUGGAAGAAGUAGGAAGGGGCUGGUCGACGACGCAAGAGGCAAGUUCAUCGAGAGGCUCGUCAACUGCGGUACCCUUCGACCCAGCUCCUGUGACGUCUUCAAGAGAAGUGAUAUCUCCCGCGUCUGCCGCGUACAGCUCUUCGAUUAGCUGGAGUAGGAACUGCGUUGCUCCACGAGGGUCAGUCUCGUCACACACAACCCUACAGCAAAGAGAAGCCAAAAACCGAAGCAAAAUGUCGUGGCUCGCGCCCCCUUCGGACAGCCGCUCCGACGAAACCGACUCUGAAGAAGGUUUCGUCUUCGUCGAAAAGCAACCAGCAUAUCGGGAAACCGUCACUGGGUCCUCGCUGGCGCUCGCCACGAGAGCAGAACCUAGGGAGGCUGCACCGCAACCUGGGAGUCAAGCAACACCAAGACUCGCUCCGUCACGCAGCGCUGUUCCGAGUCUGGAAGACAGACGUGACGAGAGACUUCCUCCUGAGCGGCACUCGUUCGUAGGUUUCAAGGAACAAGAGAGCAGAAGAGGCUUAACAGAGAAGGAGACUUUCAGUGAACAGACGCGAACGGAUACCCCGUUGGGAGAGACGGGCAAAAACGAGUCCGGGCCUCCGAGGUCGGGCGUGCAAGACCCGAUCAAAACUGUGGGUGAAAUCUUUCAUUGUCUCCAUGAUCGUGAUAGGGACUGUCUUCUCGGACAGCUGGGAUACCCCUCUCAGGCAAGUGGGCUUUUCGCACACACUGACAAGCCUGAUCACGUGGCGCCUGUCGUGAAGCCACCGCGGUGUCGGCCGUCAUCAGAAUGUCCUUCCGAACCUAACUCCGUUCCGCUGUUAUCUCCGCGUGAGGAGAGACUCGAAGGGUCGCCGAGGCGGCUGUCCGACCCUCGCAUCCCUGCAUUGUUACUGCCGGAGGAUGUAGUGAUAGGCCCGACAGGCCAUCGUCGCAGCGAUUUCACUAGACGAUUGUCGCAAGACAACAAACGCGAGGCGGAUGCAGGCACAUAA